AUGAACUGGAGAAGUGAAGAGUCAACCCAUUUCACGCAUUUUUUUAAUGUACUUUUUAUUCCAGGCGGAUGCUGUGGUUCAACGAAACGCGUAACAAUCGUCGGCGGUUGGGCGUGGGCCUGGUGGUUGGUCACCGAUGUCCAGAGGCUCUCCUUGGAGGUGAUGACACUAACGCCGCAAUGUGACAGCGUCGAAACGGCCCAGGGAGUGCCGUUGACCGUGAAUGGAGUGGCGCAGUGCAAGAUCAUGAAAGCUCACGAGUUGUUGCACACGGCCAGUGAGCAAUUUUUGGGGAAGAGCGUCAAGGAGAUCAAGGCUACGGUAUUGCAGACUUUGGAAGGACAUCUCAGGGCAAUAUUAGGCACUUUGACCGUGGAGGAAGUGUAUCGCGACCGCGACCAAUUUGCAGCUUUGGUUCGCGAAGUGGCAGCCCCGGACGUCGGUAGAAUGGGCAUCGAGAUUCUCUCUUUCACGAUCAAGGACGUAUUUGAUGACGUGCAGUAUUUAACAUCUCUCGGAAAAGCUCAGACGGCUAUGGUGAAGAGAGAUGCCGAUGCGGGCGUGGCGGAGGCCAAUAGAGACGCUGGGAUCAGGGAAGCCGAAUGUCAAAAGUCUGCGAUGGAUGUGAAAUACGCCACAGAUACGAAAAUCGAAGAUAACUCGAGGAUGUUCAAAUUACAGAAGGCUAACUUUGAUCAGGAAAUUAACACUGCCAAAGCACAAGCGCAGCUAGCUUAUGAAUUGCAAGCAGCAAAAAUCCGACAGAAGAUACGAAACGAAGAGAUACAGAUAGAAGUAGUCGAGAGGAAGAAGCAGAUAGAAAUCGAAGCGCAAGAAGUUAUGAGAAAAGAGCGAGAGUUGAACGCUAUGGUUAGGUUGCCCGCUGAAGCUGAAAGUUACAAAGUUGAAGUUCUCGCUGAGGGAAGAAGAACUCAAACGGUGAAAUCUGCCCAAGCAGAAGGUGAAAAAACCAAACUGUUGGGUACCGCAGAGGCUUCAGCGAUUUCCGGCAUCGGUAAAGCGGAAGCAGAACGGAUGAAGCAAAAAGCUGCCGUUUAUAAACAGUAUGGAGAUGCUGCCAUUAUGUCCCUUGUUCUUGAGGCCUUACCGAAGAUUGCCGCGGAGGUGUCCGCCCCGUUGGCGAAAACGGAAGAGAUCGUCCUGAUAGGCGGUUCCGACGGCUUGACGUCGGACGUCACCCGAUUGGUCGGACAAAUACCUCCCGCCGUGAAUGCCUUAACUGGAGUGGACCUCUCGAAGGUCCUGGGAAGAGUACCUGGUGCACAAACAGCUCCCAAACCCGCCUCUGUUAAAUAAUUUAUCCAUGAUAUAGACGCUAUCUUUAUAAUGGGAUAUCUCUUCUUAUUCGGUUUCUGUGAUAUGACAUACAAAAAGUGCCUCAGUCAAAAUGAGGUCGUAGCACAUUAUCACUUUUUAAAAGUCUAAAUGUUCACAUGUGUUCAAAUCAGCAGUUUUUAUGAUAUUCACAUUCUACAACACGCGUGACCUUGAUAUUUGAUGCAACGUGUAUUGAUAUUAGUAGUAAGACUCACAUUAUUUAUUUACAUUCGGAUGUGGAAUUUUCGAAUGUUUUACCUGUUUGCCAAUAUCUAACUUGAAAAAUCAUUUUGCACAUUAUAGGGUGUAUACUCUUGGUGUAUAACAUGUUAGGGUUCAGUUUUUAACAUUGAUUGCCACUUUACUGAGAACUCUCAAAAAGCAUUGUUCAGUAUGAGAUUUGUCGUAAAAGGCAGUUAAGUUUAAUGCUUGCUUUAACUAUCUAGCGGUUAUCUAGAAAGUAGAACCUAUUUUGCUUGACAACGAUGGUAAUUGACUGCUAAAACCGUUGAUGCAAUGUUGUCACAUUAAGAGUUACAGUUACAGGCAACUGAUUUAACUUCCAAGCUAGAGUUACUCACUUGAAACCGGGCACAAUUCUAUGUGCCUAAAAAUGAAUGUUAUGAAAUAAUUGUAAAGUCUGGUUUUAUUAUUUUAAGCUGUUCGAGGAGGUUCAUUUUUGCUAUUAGUCGGAUCUUUUUACGUGUGGUCUCAUAAAUACCUAAAAAUCUUAUUUAAAGAGUUUUUUCAUUCCUGCCAACACUUUCGAUUGAAUCCCCAAAAACAUGUUUUCUCAUUCUUUGUUGUCAAAUAAAGUUUUCCCACAAAAAUUGGUGUACCCAUUUUAUGCGUCCAUGUUUUAAAUACCCCCUUGAACAACUUGCAUCAAUAAAACCAGACUUUACAAUUAUUUCGGGGAAAUUUGCUAAUAUGAUUAGACUAUCAGGCACAAAACAUAUGGAAGUUCACCACCAGUCAAUUUUAAUGAAAAUUCGUAUAGUAAUAGCUCAUUCAUAUCCGAUGGGCUCAAAUCAUGCGUUAUAUGCAGGGUGUCCUAACGAAAAUGGAAAGCUGUUUAAUAGAAAAACUAUUAUAUGAUUAUAUUUCUAAAUUGUUUGGAGUGUUGAGCAUAUCCGUACCAAACAAACGUUUUUUUUUUUUUAGUGUGACAUAUUUUCUUACCUGAUAUCCGAUGAAACUCACAAAAACACAAUUGAUGGUGUUGAAUAUACGGGAUGUUCCGUCUAACAUUUUUAAAACGUUUUACGUUUUGCAGCAUUCUGAUAAAGUUAUCGUACUUCUUCCAUCUUCUUCGAAUAUCUUACUUAGCUUUUCCAUCAAACAUUUUCGUUGGGCCGCCCUGUAUAUAUUAUAAGUUUUCACGUGAUUUUCAUUAUAUCGUCAAGUUCUGAGUACAUUAACGAGUUUUCGUAAAAUGGUGCAGAAAGGCGAACCCACAGAGCCAAAGGCAUCAAACUUUAACACCCUGUAUCUCCAGUGAAAGUAUUUCUGGACUUUGCACCCAUUGAAACAACAAAAACUAUCACUAUAUGAAUUUUCUUUAAAAUUGACCGGUGCUAAAAUUUCAUGUUUUGUCACUCAACCAUUUCUAGGUCCAGUCAUAUCACAGAAACUUAUGUUACCCAUUGGAAAAUACUUAGCUUAAUAUUACCUUAAGGGUACCUUAUUUUUGUUACAAUUAUGUAUUCAUUUUUAAAAUGAAUUAUGAUGGAAGAUUAAUUAUGGAUUCGAGCAGUGAGCUGAAAAAAAAACAAAGCGCUUAUCUCUCAAUUAGCCGAGAGUCAUGUAUGUCAUGCACUUAAGAAAAACUAAGACAUGAUUUGACUACGUUUUGUUGCUGCAUUCAAAUAAAGUCAAACAAACAAAAAUGUGUUAUAUCCAUGGAUUUAUCCGCAAAAAUAUACAGAGUGUUCAAAAAAUAUGGAUAGAUCUUAGAUAGCAUUGGUGACCUUGGCUACCACCUGCAGUGUGAUUUGAAGGACAAGACAGUGUUCUUAAAUGAAACCCGUAUUUUUGACACCAGUACGUUAAAUUAUGUCUUUGCCUAUGACCUUGACCAUGAUCUCCAUAGGUAUUUGAGGGUGUCCAGACAGUGGGAAAAAUAUAAAAUAUCUCGAAAGAUACAUUUCAUAAACAGAAAUGUGUAAUAGAGUGAUAAGGUUUGGAAAGAUUAACUUGACCUUGACGACGGUCAAGACAAUUGUCCCCUUUUUUGACACCUGCAAUAAAAAGAGCAAGAAACUUUAUGUUCGAAUAUAAUCAUGACAAUCAAGGUCA